AUGAUGGUCUCCGCCCUGUUAUUAGCGUCGCUGGUUUGGGUCGCGGGAACUUGUAGUGCCUCCAAGCAGUUCCCUCUUGGUGGUAACUCACCGUCAUCUCCAUUCGACAAAGUUUUCGAUGAAAAGGUCGUUUGGGCGCAGAAACACUUCCGAAUUCCCGGGGUGUCGAUAGCCGUGGUGCAUGGCAAUGAGACUUUUUUCAAGGGAUACGGGGUCUCUGAUCUCUCCACGGGGAGUCCCGUCACUGAAGACACGCAUUUUAUCGGAGGAAGUACCACUAAGGCCUUCACUGCUGCUGCCAUCUCCCUUCUUGUCGACGACAAUGAGAACUUCCCCGAGAUCCAAUGGGACACUCCGAUCCACCGAAUUAUCCCCGAAGAUUUCGUCCUGAACGAUGACUGGUACACCGCUCACGUUACCCUUGUCGAUGCGCUGUCGCAUCGAUCCGGAUUACCGCGUCAUGAUAUGACAUGGCUGUGUUCCAACAUCACCCUGAGGAAAGGCGUCCGCAAUAUGCGGCACCUCCCCAUCACGGCUCCCAUCCGCACCGUAUGGCAGUACAGCAACUUGAUGUACAUGUCCGUGGCGCAUAUCAUCGAGACGGUUACUGGCCAAUGGCUGGGUGAUUUCUUCCGGGAGCGCAUUUGGGAGCCGCUUGGCAUGACGGACACGUACUUGUCUGUGGAUGACGCUCUCGCCGCAGGUGCUGAGAUUUCUCGCGGAUACUAUGUCAAUCUCACCGGCGAUCUCGAGGAUCUCAGCUGGGUCCCACUGGAUCAUGUCCGCGGAGCGGGUCACAUCGUGUCGUCGGCUCGAGACUAUGCAAAAUGGGCCAGUGCUAUGAUCCAUCGUGCUCCCCCUGUCUCGCCAGAGGCACAUGCGGCACUGGUCAGCGCACAUUCCAUUAUGGUCCCAACUGUCAUGGAACCCGAAUCCGCACCGCAAACGUACGGCCUGGGCUGGAUGAUCCACAAUUAUUGCGGGGAGGUGAUCAUUGAGCAUGGGGGUGCAGAACCAGGGUUCGGGACCCUCGUGCUAUAUCUGCCGAAGCGUGAAUGGGGUCUCACCAUCUUCACCAACAACAUGAUAGGCGGCUCUGCCGCGGUAUGGUUUCUAGCGUAUCAUCUCAUCGAUGAGCUUCUGGGAACACCCGAGGAGGAGCGGUUUGACUGGGUUGCAAGAUCGGACAAGAAUAUCCACGAAAUAACCACAAUAACAGACGAAAAAGCCCAGAAAACCUAUCCAUCUCUCCCAGACCCUCCCCACCGCACCUCUCUCCCUCUGUCAGCAUACGAGGGAAUCUACGUCCACCCCGCCUACCCGACAUUGAACAUCAGCAGAGAGUGCAGGAAGAUUUCCCUAUUCCCCCGUUCCUACCAAUCCUCCCAGGGGAAGGAAAUCUCCCUCUGGGAUCGACAAGCCCUCUGCGCCACGAUCCCCGGCGCCAUCUCCGACGGCGUCUUCGAGCUCCGGCAUGCGUCCGGCGACUUCUGGUUCUUCGCCUACGAGCUGUGGGGGGAGGUGGAAUUGACGCGCGCGGAGUUCAGGCUCGGCCCUGAUGGGACGGUCAGGGCCAUUGGCGUCAGGUUUGAAGAGACUAUGACGGACUAUAUUUGGUUGCGCAAUGAUACGAUUCAUAAGUGGAAUGAAAUAGAACUUAGGGAUCUUCCACAUUAUCCAUUUUGA